AUGCACCUCCUCUUCCUCCUCCCUCAGACCAGUGAAUGCACCUCCUCCUCCUCCAGCAUCAAACCAACCAGUGAGUGCACCUCCUCUUCCUCCUCCCUCAGACCAACCAGUGAAUGCACCUCCUCCUCCUCCAGCAUCAAACCAGUGAGUGCACCUCCUCCUCCUCCCUCAGACCAUGAAUGCACCUCCUCCUCCUCCUCCAGCAUCAAACCAACCAGUGAAUGCACCUCCUCUUCCUCCAGCAUCAAACCAACCAGUGAGUGCACCUCCUCCUCCUCCCUCAGACCAGUGAAUGCACCUCCUCCUCCUCCCUCAGACCAGUGUCCUGCCUGUGGCUUUGUCUUCACGACUCAGAUCAGAGAAGAAGAAAUCGAAGUCACGGUGGAGUUGGAGACACAGAGCGAGGAGGUGGUGAGCGGAGAGGAGCAGAGCGACUUGCAAAGUGAAGAGGAGGCACAGGAGGAGACUGAUGAUGAGGAGGCGCAGGAGAAGGAGGGAAAGGAGGAGAACGAGGAGGACUCUGGAGACGAGUGGACUCCGAGCUCUUACCGAAGAAUACGCUGCUCAGUGAGGAAGAGGAGGAGGAGGAGGGAGGAGACAGAGUCCCCACAGGAGCAGCAGCUGUGUCCUGAGUGCGGUGCCUUCUUUGUGGCGACACACACGUGUGACAUGAAACUCAAAGUGUGUGUGUGCAGCGUACCGUGCUCAGUGGCUCUGUCCUGUCUCCCUCCCUGGGCUCUCCCUCUCACAGACCUGACUCAUAAGGCCGUUAAAGCCAAGACACGGCGCAGACACGGCGGGAGAAUGCUCCCGUUCCCGCGGUGGAAGAGGCUGCGCCUCCGCCUCGGGUUCAGCCUGGACCGGGAGCUGGCGGAGCAUCUGCUGGACAGGUGUCCAGCCUGUGGCCUCGUGUUGAAACUUCCAGAACCAGAGAACAUCGGAGUCUCCACAGAAGUAACGGAGAGAGAGGAGCCAGGCAGCUCUGCAGGCUCAGGCCAGGACCAGGAGGAGGACCAGGAGGAGGACCAGGAGGAAGAUCUGAAGAGUGAAGAAGAGGACCACUCUGAGGACUGGACUCCUGAACGAAGGAAAAUCAAAGAAGAAGUCAUCUCUGCUGCAGAGAAGAAGAUCCGAAGAAAAACCAGUAAGAAACUGAUGGUUCUCUGA